AUGGAUGUUAUUAUAGCUGCAGUUGGUGAAUUUAUCUGGGCAUCAUCGUGUGCUGUGGUAAAUUUUUGUCUUAGUUCAGGCCUUAGUGUUCUUGCCGUAUUUGUCUCAUUUCUUUGUGCUAUUCUUGCAUCAGCCUUUUAUAAAUAUACGACAAGUCAUCAACACAUGUCGCUUGAUGAUGCUACAUGUGCUCUUAGCGAUCAUGAUUACGAUGAUCUAGACAAGCCUAUUACAGUAACACUACCAACAGAAGAACCGAUAGAACCAUCAUUACCAUUAAUAAUAAUUGACGAAUCAAAUAAUAUUAAUGAUAGUCGAUCAUUAUCUGAAGUUGACAUAUCUUUAGAAGGAAAUACAAAUGGCAAUGAAAUAGAUAAUGAACAAACAUCAGAUAAUAUAUUAGUUGAUACUGUUGAAGGUUCUGAAGAAGAAAUUCAAAAAAAACAAAUAGCUAAUAUUUAUCGUCUUUUAAAUGAUCAAAAUUUAAUUAAUAAUUGGACAACAACUGAUUUUGUUGACCAACUUAAAAUGUAUGGAUUUCAGACAUAUGAUGACGAUGAACUAGAACUACCUUAA